AUGGAGGAAUUUAAGUUCAAGUUGCUUGACACUAUGGGAUACCUUGAAGAUGUAAUUAUAUCCAAACAUUCUACUAGCUGUUCGUCUUUACAUUGUCGAAAAAGAUGUCAUCACCUACUCUGGAUUAUUCAUAACGUUUUUAGUAUUGAUAGGAAUGAUCCAGUUAUGUACAAGCAGAAAUUUUCCAUAUCUGAGUGGAGUAAGCUUGUCGCAAGUUUCCCAAAUAGUGUUCCCCUUGCUCAUAUUCCAACAGUGAAUAAUCAGAAGUACAUUGUUAAUGUUCGAUCUUCCAGUAAAAGUGCAAAAUGCGCGGUUUGCAAGAACGAGCUGGUCAAUGGAGCUGUUCAAGUUGUAACUGAAGGUCCAUAUAGAACAAUACAUUGUCAAUGGGUUACACAUACAUUUUUUUUCUGUGCGGCCAAAAAGUGUAUAACAAAGAUUCCUAGAAAUUCGUACAUCAGACCGUAUUGUCCAUCAACCAUGCCACUCCAUUAUGACACCGGAUUGACAUUAGAACAAAGAAAUUUAAUCGCUAUUUCGUGA